GGAAGUGAACUCUUCAGUCUGUUCUCACGGUCUGAUGUGUGCAACUGGCAGUGCAGAAAACUUCCUGAGAACGUUUAGGGAGUAUGUAAAAUUCACAUGCAAAAGAGAGGGACAGGAAUCUGGCGGACACGUCAAGUGAAAUUAUUAGAAGGGCAUGGACUUCAGUUACAGUCUUCAUUGGUUGAUACAGUUGAUUUUAUCAACUGCUUUUUUUGUACUGCAACCCAAACACAGGGGGUGUCAUUAUGAAUCACCAAGCUGCAGCUCCAAAGACAAGAGGUGAUAAUUAUCUAAGCAUAAAGGACUCUGAAUCCCUCGAUACCUAUAUCCAGAAUACACUUUCCUCUCUAUAUCCACCUUUUGAAGCCACAGCUGCUACUGUUCUGUGGCAGCUUUUCAGCAUUGUUGAAAAAUUUUAUUGUGGAGAUGGUCUCAGAUGUCUAAUUGAUUUCCUUGUUCCUGCCAAGAGAGUUUUACAGUGUAUCCAGCGGGAAACCUGUGGCAAUUACACUGGCCUUAUCUUCUACCAUGAAGGAUGGCCAUUGUGUAUCCAUGAGAAAAUCAUAGUACAAUUGGCAUCUCUCCACAAAGUCCGUUUAAAACCAGGAGAUUUUUACUUCCAGAUUGUGCCAGUGAGAAAGCAGUCAGCCAGCCUAGUAUUAAAAUGUCUCUCCAGACAUGGGCAAGGAAUGGAAGAGCUUAUUGUACCUGAAACAAUGUACGGAUAUCUUUUCACAACAGAAUUUUUGGAAACUAUAAAUUAUAAACUGAAUGGCUGUCCUUUGCAGAGCUGUCUGCUGACUACAGGCCCAGCUGUAUGUAGGACACCUUGGAAAAAUAUUGUGAAUCCUGUCUUUGUCCCUACAACUGAAACAAUUCUGCAAACAUAUUCCAAAAGCUCUCUUCUUGAAAACUUAAUCACCAGUAAUCCUGAUGCUAAAGGUAUGACACAGACAAUGGAAAGCAACAGCUCACACGAGAGUUCUACAUCUAAUGAUACCUGUUCUACUGUGAUACAGGUACCACCUGCAGACAGCUGUGGAAAUCAAGGCAAAAAUGAUUCUGGUCUAUAUCAUGGGCUUGGAAGCAGGACUAAAACACAAAGUUCAGAAACCAAAGUUGAAAAAGAAACUGAUAAUGAUGUAACUUCAAGAGCUCUUUCAGUUGCAGAGCAAGCCAUAAAGGAACCAAAAAUGACAUUUGAAUUGACCCCUGGUUUUUUUAAAGAUUCAGCAACUCCUCAGUUAGUGAAAAGGAAUGGUACCAAAAGCAUAACUUUCAGUACAGACUUGAGCAGCCCACGUCAAAGAGGACGGGAUUCUUUGUAUUUUGAAACAAAGCAUUUGUUUAGAAAAUCGUAUAUGGAAGCUUUGCAAAACCCGAUGAACCUAGGUUCCAGCUCUGAAGAAUCCAUUGCAGAAGAAGAAUCUUUGGAGCAUGCCAUGGGACAGGUGGACAGUGAUUCCAGGGUCACUGAGAAAACAUGUGAAAACAGUGUUCAGCAAGAAAGUUCUAGAUCUGAAAGACUUUCAAAACGGGAGGAAACAAGAGAAGCCAUUACAUUUGGGAACCAUUUCCAAACUUCCAAAAAACUAUCUCAUGAAACAGCAGUUUGCAGGUCACGUUCAAGAAGAUCACAAUCCUUAGAUAGGACACAUAAGAAUUCACAGAAUAAAGAUUAUAAAUCCAGGGUGUCCUCAGAUGGCGUGUUCAAUACAAAUCCCCCCAAAAUCAUAAAUGGGCAUUCUGUAAGGCUUGAGAAACUGGAGUCCCAUAUUCACGAAUUCAUUACUACAAAAAGCAAAGAGGACAAAGACCUAGGAGACUCCAGAAUUGAUUUUCGGGAUUGCAAGUCUAAUAUAAGUGCACCACCUCUGCUGCUUUGCCAUGACGAUGAACUGCUGGCUACAAAUACUGGAGACCCUGACCACUUGUUACCAAACCAGUUGCUUGAAGUCAAUCAAGAAUUACUGCAGUCUGGAGUAAUUUCUCUAUGUGGAAACAGGGAUCGUGGUGGAAGAGCAGUGGUGCAGGUCUGCAUUAAAAACGUUGCUUGGUUAAGUGAGCUUUCAAGAGUCAAAGAGCUCACACGACUUCUAGUGUAUUACUACAAUAUUCCUAGAAAUGAUGUCAGUGCUUUGGGGCUGCUUAUUUUAGUGGAUGCUCGCAAAAGUCAGAAUAUACCUGCCCUCUUCAAAGCCUUGGCAGCGUUACAGAAUGCAGUUCCUCAUUCCAUUCAUAGUGCUCUGAUAUUGACUGAUAAAGAAUCUGCUUUUAAGCCUGACAAAGAAGUUACAUUUCAGUGUGAAGUUCUCACAUCACUGAAGGCCUUGCAUAGAUUCAUUGACUGCACCCAGCUGACAGCUGAGUUUGGUGGAACAUUCCUUUACAAUCAUAAUGACUGGAUAUGUUUCCGAAGGAAACUUGAGCCAUUCAUUACAAACUGCAAAGAGGCCCUUGUUUUCCUGCAGCACUCUUUACGUUCACUCAGCACUGUCCAGGCACCAAGUACUGCACAAGAGGUAAGCGACUUAAUGAACAAACACAAAACAAUGAUGAAACUUGUUCUGGAAGAUGAACUGUUGGUAUCCUUAAGACUUGAGGGUGGGACAGUCCUUGCAAGGCUUAGAAAGGAGGAGUUCUGCAAUACAGAAGAUUAUAGAGAUGCCAUGGAAACGAUUACGAAGCUAUAUAAUCGAGUAGAUGAAGAAGUUCAUAGGCUGGUUCUGUUGUCUAAUAAAUGUCUUCAACAACUAGAGAAUCUCUUGGCAAUGAGAAAAUUUGAAGAAGGCUGUGAACAGAUAAAAGUUUGGUUUGAAAAUGAGGGAGAAAAAUAUAUUGGGCCUUUGGAUGAAGAACAGCUUUCAGUUGAAAAUGUGAAAAGAAAGCAGGAACAGUUUCUCGUUUUCAGUGAAAAAGCAAUGCAAUAUUGCCAGAAAGGGCUGUUGCUCAUUAAGGAGAAUUCUUUGUUAAAAUCUGAAGAAGAAUUUCAAGCUUUCAGUAGGUAUCUGACUAACAUCACCAUUCAAACAGAGAAGAGGAAAAAUGAACUGGAGAAGCUGAUUAAGCUAUAUGAAUUUUAUGAAAAGGCUCACAAGUGGAUGGUUCAUUGUAAUGAGUAUCUUGACAAGCUUUCAGUGGAAGCCAAGUAUUCUCAAUUAGCAGUUCAGUCUUUGCAAAGCUACCACCAAGAAGCUACAAAGGUUUCUGCAGAAAACUUUCAGAAAGUCAGUGAGGUUAUCAUUGCUCUGGGUAACAAGGAGGAACUAAAACAAUGGAAUAUUUUAUGGCUCAAAUGUCAGCAGACCAGGCAUCACUUAGAAGAAGUCCUUUCAGAAGUAGUUAAAGGUUCCAGCAAAGAAGGAUCCAGCAGUACUCUCAAAGAGAUGGGUCAUAAGAAUAGCCAACACCCAAGCAGUAAAUUUGAAACACAAGAACAUAGUCAUUCUUGUAGAUUUUGUUCUAACACUGAUAAUAACAUCCUUGAUAGUAAGUCACUCUGUCCAUUUCAACAUUGCUGCUCAUCAGUGGGUGCAUCUUCUUUUUUAAAUCAGGAUGAUACCACUGAAAAUACAGAUGUAUUUUCUCCAGUGCCACAAACACUUACUCCACUACUGGGUAGGUUUCAAAGGACUAGCCCUGUUUCAGAGGAUUUGGACAACAUUUCCACUUGCUAUUCGGAACCAAUCCAGACAUCCAGCACCCGCCACAGGACACAUCCACUAAAGAAGAUUAUGAAGAAGACCCAGAGCUUCGAGUUGACCCGACGUGAAAGUCACUCUGAACUGCACCAGCAUGGAUAUACUGGAGUUUAUAUCAGAGGACUGGAGGUAGCCAGCAAUGUUGCUGUGGAAAAGAGAAACACACAACGUGCAAAUAUCAAAAGUCCUGUGAUUUGUAGAAAUCGCAGUUUAUCAUCUCCAUCAAGAAUCCAUCACACAGAAGAUGAAGAAGAGAAAAAAAGAGGGGGAAGUAAAAUGAACCACAUAAUGGAUGAGAUGAUCACAACAGAAAGGGAGUAUGUCAGAUCUUUAGGCUAUAUCAUCAACAGCUAUUUUCCAGAAAUGGAAAGGGUUGACUUACCUCAAGAUUUGCGAGGGAAAAGGAAUAUCAUAUUUGGAAAUUUGGAAAAACUCUACGAUUUCCAUUGUCAAUAUUUCCUGAAAGAAUUGGAACAAUGCACAGACUUCCCACUGCGGGUUAGCCACUGUUUUCUCAGACAUGAAGAACAAUUUGGGAUGUAUGCAUUAUACAGCAAGAACAAGCCUCAGUCAGACGCUUUGCUAAUAAGCCAUGGAAACACCUUCUUUAAAAACAAGCAGGAGGAAUUGGGUGAUAAAAUGAAUCUGGCUUCUUAUCUGCUGAAACCUAUCCAGAGAAUGAGCAAAUAUGCACUCCUUUUGAAGGAUCUGAUCAAGGAGUGUUCAGCCACACAGGAGCAGGAGCUCAGCGCCCUCCGGGUUGCUGAAGAAAUGGUCAAGUUUCAGCUUCGCCAUGGGAAUGAUUUACUUGCAAUGGAUGCCAUCAGAGGAUGUGAUGUCAAUUUGAAAGAACAAGGACAGCUCAGGUGUCAAGAUGAGUUUAUUGUGUGCUGUGGCAGAAAGAAGUAUUUGAGGCAUGUUUUCCUUUUUGAAGACCUCAUCUUGUUCAGUAAAACAAAAAAGAUUGAUGGGGGAUAUGACAUUUACAUGUACAAACAGUCAUUUAAGACAGCUGAAAUUGGAAUGACAGAGAAUGUUGGAGAUACUGGCCUCAGAUUUGAAAUCUGGUUUCGAAGGAGAAGAAAAUCGCAGGACGCUUACAUCCUUCAGUCAAAUUCAGCAGAAACUAAGAUUGCAUGGACAAAUCUCAUAGGAAAGAUUCUUUGGAGACAAGCCUUGAGAAACCGAGAACUCCGAAUGCAAGAAAUGGUGUCUAUGGGCAUAGGAAAUAAACCAUUCAUGGAUAUCAAGCCCAGUGAUGCAGCUAUAAGUGAUCGAGCAAUAGAUUAUAUAAUGAAAGGAGCAGAGUCAAGGACUCGUGCCUCAAUAGCCAUUUCUUCAUUUGAUCAUUCCACACCGUUUAAGAGGCCCCACUCCACAAUCUCAAAUAGCAGUACGUCUUCCUCAAGCAGCCAGUCCUCAUCUUCCAUCCUGGGUUCGCUAAACUUGCAUGUAUAUUCCACCCCAUCUCACCCUGGCUUGGUAGGGCCACCCUUCUACCACUGGUCGUAUGAUGUCAGAACUUGUAUUGAGGAAGAUGAGCUGGAACAGGACACUGGGAGUCAGCCCUCAAUGAUUACAGAGAAUUCUGAGUCAUCCCAAUGCACGUUGGGGGAAAGCGCAAGUGGCUCUGCCCAGUCUGGAUUCUCCCCAUAUCUUAAAGAGGCAUUUCUGGAUGAAGGCCCUUCUAACUCUGUUUCUAAGUCUCCAUCACAAUGCACAUCUCCUGCCGUCUCAGAGAAGAACCCCAGUUCAAAGUCCAGCAGUCAGAAUAGCCCAGCUGUAAGUAUCUUCUUCAUAAAGCAAAAUCUCUAAUACAUUAGGCCUCUCAACCGUGGUUUGACAGACAAUACAUUCAGUAAGAUGAUUUGAUGCAAACUACAUAAUACAAAUUUCUAAAACAUGAACCUCAUAGAACCUGCAGCUCUGACUCUGGGUGACAUUCUUCUGAGAAAGAAUUUAUCCUUGUUUGUAUGCAAGAAGUAUGCAUUUCAUUUUUUCCUCUUCACUUUGACCUAAUGUUUUGUAUAUAGUUGUUAUAUAUUUUUUAAUCCUGUAAAUGCAGAAAAUAUUAUAUGUAAAAAAUGUACAAACUGUGCUGAACUUGCUUGUAAAUAUUUAUUUCAAUUGUUUUGCAUUGUGAAUUGUUCAUUUUUAUGGCAGCCUUUUUAAAAUUUUUAGUAGCACAGUCCAGUAAAUCUCAAGGGCAAAAGUGAGUGUGUAAGAUUUAAAAGUGUGUGGUUGGAAUAUGGAAAUAUUUCUAGAGGAUAAGAACAGAAAUCUGUUCCUGUAACUAUUUAUAGCAGAGGUUCUCAUACAUUUUCAGAGCAAAUUCCUUAUUAAGAACAGAACUUGUCUGUGCUUUAACAAGUACAAUAGCAGAAGUUUUCUAACUACUCAAAGGCCUUCAGUUUUACAACUGCAAGAAUGUUUUGACAGAAGUGAACACCUGUGCUGUGCUCCUUUAGGGCAAAUGACCCACUGUCCCACCAACCUCAAUCUGUUCUUAGCCAGCCCCCAGCUGCCAUUCUCCUUACUUACAUUCAGGCUAGGAAGUAGCACUGGUUGUCAGCCAUCUCCUCCUUAGUCUCAGUCUUGCCCUUAUAGAAUUCAGCAGGGAGGAGGGUGGGGACAAACCUAGAAUUAGAAGGCCCAGCCUCAUUGGCUCUGGCACCCCCUAUCGUUGACUUAUCUGUCCUCCACCCUAGCAGCCCCAAUAGGCACCAUCUUCCACUAGUACUAUGUAAAGAUAGAAAAUUUAUGGAAUUUAGUGUCAAUUGAAGAAUUCAGUUUCCUGGGAAUCUAACUUCAUCAUUUUAAAAAUGUAUGUGUCUAGUCCUAUGCGAGGAAUUGAAAAUGGAAAUGGACUGCCUUCAAGUCGAUCCCGACUUAUGGCUACACUACGAAUAGGGUUUUCAUGGUAAGCGGUAUUCAGAGGGGGUUUACCAUUGCCUCCCUCUGAGGCUAGUCCUCCCCAGCUGGCUACGGCCUGCUCAGCUUGCCACAGCUGCACAAGCCAGCCCCUUCCUUGUCCGCAACUGCCAGCUGGGGGGCAACUGGACUCCUUGGGACUAUGCUGCUUGCCCACGGCUGCACAGGUGGCAGGGCACGUAACCCCUGAGCCACUCACGAUGGGGGUGAUCUUUAGCUGGCCCUUGACACCCAGGAGACACGAGCGGGGAUUUGAACUCACAGACUCUGGACUCCCAGCCAGGCUCUCCUCCCCACUGUGCUAUACCAGCUGAGGAAUUACUAAAUAAUAUUUCCAGGGAUCAGGAAAGAGGUCAUUGGACCAUUUCAUUGCUUCUUGCCCUUUUUCAUGCCUAGCAAAAGUACAUUAAGUUAUUCAACACAUGGGGAAAAACAUAUUUAAUUUGCAUAAUUUAUACAGAUUUCAGAAACCAGCUUUGCUUUGUGCAAUGUUAUGAACUUAGUUUUCUAACACAAAGUACACACAACUGGAUGAAAACAAGUGUAACAUUCAUAUAUGAGUAGCGGAGUCAAUGUCGAAGCACCCUUACCAUAUUCAGUACAUAAGAACAUAAGAACAUAAGAAGAGCCUGCUGGAUCAGGCCAGUGGCCCAUCUAGUCCAGCAUCCUGUUCUCACAGUGGCCAACCAGGUGCCUGGGGGAAGCCCGCAAGCAGGACCCGAGCGCAAGAACACUCUCCCCUCCUGAGGCUUCCACCAACUGGUUUUCAGAAGCACGCUGCCUCUGACUAGGGUGGCAGAGCACAGCCAUCACAGCUAGUAGCCAUUGAUAGCCCUGUCCUCCAUGAAUUUGUCUAAUCUUCUUUUAAAGCCAUCCAAGCUGGUGGCCAUUACUGCAUCUUGUGGGAGCAAAUUCCAUAGUUUAACCAAGUACCUUGUCCCUUUUAGGGCUAACUUCAUACUGGGGUGGAAUGGUUCUGCAAGUGUGCCGUCCUGGGGUCCUACUGGGAGGAAGGGUGGGAUACAAAUUGAAUAAAUAAAUGAUAAAGAGUGUAGCGAAAGUUGGCUGUGGACAUUGCCAACUGACCGGUGCAGUGGUCUUUGGCAUCAUCCAGGUGGCCUGCAGCAUGCCUGUGAAGAACAGGAGCAGUGACUGUCAACAGUGGCAGCGACGGCUGGUCUGGGAUGGGCCAGAAGUGACUGGAAAGGGGUGAAGAGAAGAUUAGAUGCCAGAAACAUAUUGUAUUUUCUUCUAUUACAAUUUGAACUCAAGUUGUAAUACAAAAAUCAUACAGCAUAUAGCACAGCACAUUAUAACUGCUACAACAGACAGAAAAAUCGUUAAGUUGUCUGCCAAGACCUUCAGCAAUUUUUAAGUGGUCUAUGGGUAAAAAACAUUUGGGGAAGCACUGCGCUAGUGUGUUUAAUGUUAAAACAUCCUGUACCCAAUCCCUGGAGCAAUUCUGCAACUAUGUUUAACAUGUUCCCAUCUUUCAAUAAGGUGAAUAAAUAUUAUUAUUAUUAUUAUUUAAUUAUUUAAUUUGUAUCCUGCCCUUCCUCCCAGCAGGAGCCCAGGGCGGCAAACAAGGCACUAAAAACACUUUAAAACAUCAUAAAAACAAUCUUGAAAGUAUAUUAAGACAAACAUUUUUAAAACUUUUUAAAAAAGGGUUAAAAACAUUAUUAAAAACAUAUUAAACAAUUCUGACACAGACACAGACUGGGAUAGCUCUCAACUUAAAACAUUUGGAUAUUCAUUUAAGCACUUAAAAUAUAUAUAGAAGGUGGGUAGUCCUUCAGAAAUGUCAGGGGAGGGCUAGGACAGACCCAACUUAUGAUUGGAUAGAAAUGUACACCUGUCUCUCAAAUUGCAAAGCCAGGAAGAAUCUCGGUUCACACAACAGGUGAAGAAUCUGUUAUAGCAUUUCUUUAAAUAUUGUACAUGCCUCUAUUUUUUCAUUUGAUGGUGUCUUCCUGCAUUGACCAAAUAACUCAUCUCCUAUACUUGAGCCUCUCAGGGCUUGUUCCACAAAGCUCUGGUCCUCAGGAUUGUGGUAGUUUGCCUCCCUGCCCUAUCAGAGGGCACACAUACUGGGUCUGGAGAACUUAGUGAAGGACUUAAGCCUCCCUUGAGAGUGUCUCCAUCUUCUUAGACUCCUUUGGAGAGCACCCACAUACUUUGAGAACUGAGAAUGAAUGUAGAACUAACUAUAAAGGCAUAGUAUUGUUCACAUGCUCUUCAAGUAGUUUUACUUUUGUUAGUCAAACAUUGCCAUGUAUGAUGUAUUUUAAAGA